CCGCAGGGAGUUCUGCGGCGGCGGCGUCACACAUGCGCCCCACUUUCGCGGUUUUUGUAUGUUGCGCGGUACCCCCACUCUUACCAUGGAACCUUCCUAUACCGAUUUUUUUUUGUUAAAUCGAGUGACGCGUUUGUUGUCAUUCGUUAAAAGGCAUUGCAAUAGUAAAAAUGUCUAAAAACUUUGAAAGUUACGAUUUAGAGUCCCUUAAAAAAUAUCUCGCGGGUCGCGAAUCGUAUGAGGGACGACAAAAGCCUCAAUUUCGCCAGAAAAGAGUACGCGUAUGUGUUGAUAAAUAUACAGAUGAUGAUUACCUAGACAGUGAAGAUAGUGAUGACAUGUGCAUUCCAGCAAAAGCGCGGAAAAUCGCGAUAGGGUCAGGAUUGGAAUGCGAAGUGGAAGAUUUCCUUGUUUAUCCUUCUUGUGUAUGCAAAUAUAAAUUUCUCGGUGAAAUGUGGAAUAAAAUCCAUAUCAGAUAUCGCAGGGAUAAAUUACACUCUCAAGAUGAGGGCAUAGACAUGUGUACGACUUUUAAAGUAUGUUACAAUGAAGAACCUGCAGAAUCUAAUAAAGAAAUCGAAUCGAAUUUUCAAAUGAGAUAUAAUCCUCCAUCCUUGAGAAGCAUUGCAAUCGCGAAUUUAUUAAAUGAAAGGAAAUAUGCGAAAAAUGCAAAAACUUUGGCUGUGGUUACUAAAGCAAUUGUGCAUAAUAGUGAUGUAUUAUUAUAUAAAAUGUCGAAGUCAAAUGGUUUUUUCGACUGCAUAGAACACACAAGAUUAUGCAAAGCAGGAGUGGGGGAAAAACUCUAUUGGUACUACUUUUUUAGGGCGUGUGAGGAAGAAUAUUAUCUCCCUGCGGGGGAGGAGACAUUGGUCUACAAGAAAGGAAAGGGACCAAUCAUUGACCUUUCCUUUCAAUAGCCAACAAAUGCAAAACAAGUGGGGGGCGAAAAAAAGGAAAACUGGGCCAUCCUUUCCCAUCAGGUAUGCAAAGGACCCCCCAUCAAGGGCAAAUCUUCAAAAAAGUGUGGAAAACUUAGCCCCUCCUCUAAACUAGGGAUGCAUCAAGGACCCCAGGGAGCUCGUUUUACUGCAUUUACGUUUUUUACGUCAAAAUGACAUCAAGUCAAGUGGACGCAUCUCCAAAAUCCAGUUAUCAAUCAGGUUAUCAGCCUGGAACUUUUAAACCUAAAAAAUCUAAAUAUGGUGGA